AGCUCUUUUUUUUUUUUUUGGUUUUGCUUCGGCCGACGGAGAGUGAAGGCGGAGGGAGAUAGAGAGAGAUGAUACCGCAGCAAUGGACGCCGCCGUGUGGGAAGUCAAUGCACGCAUAAGUAUGCAGCUCUGACGCAGAUUCCAUCACUCUCUUUCAGGAUUAUAUAUGCCCCCUGUUUUAUACAACUCAGGAAUGCUUUCAUGCAUGUGUCGCAGGCUGUGGUUACAAGUUUGGAGUUGAAUCUGAGGAAGUCAAUAAGGUGAAACCAAAGAGACCACCACCACCGCCACCAAAGCCACAACCACCACCACGAGCUAAAAGACCAAUGCAGCCUCCUUCUAAUGAGGAUGUUCCUACAAGUUCUGCUUGACAUCAAAACGCUUUGUAAUCUGACAUGAGGGAGUAUUAAUGUUCAGCGUAAUGGAGAGUAUAUUAGUGGGACUCGUCCCACGGAUGGACCUUGUGACCUUUUAGUCCAUAAGGCAUAUUAAUGAAACUAGAUAUUGAUAUUUGGGUUUUUGCUAUCUAAUUCAUCUUCUACAAGUUCUUUUACCCACAUGUCACAAUAGAGAAACGUUAUAUUGUGAAAUUGGCAACAUGUGGUACUUAUAUUAAACUAAAGAACUCAAUAUUGAAUCCCGGAGUAAAUUAGUCAAAUGAGAUAAGAGUUUUUCUGUUGCAAAUCUUUAUUUCUUGUUAAUGAAGGAAACAAAAAGAACAUCAUGACCUAAUCUUGUCGAUUAAGAGUUGGUGACUUGGUGGUAUCUUCUUCGUCACACCUAACCAUUUAUGAACCCACGUAACAAACGGUGUCGUUUGAGCUCAUCAACAUCAUCUGCUUUACUAGUUUGACGAGGAAAAUACAAAAAAAAACUCUCUCUUCACAUGGCUCUUCCCUUAAACCGCGUUAGAUCUGCGUCUCUCUUCACGUUCACUGUUUCAUUAAUCUUCAUCUUCGCCGGAAAAUCAUUCUCCCAAGGCAUACGACCUUCCGAUCAUGGUCUACAGUAUCAGUUCAGCUCACCACCGACUGAAUCUCACUCACCUCCCGGUAUAGUGAUGUCCUUUUUCGGAGAUUCCCAUUCUCCUCCUCCUCAGCUCCUCCCAAAAGCUUCAGAGGCAGACGGCGACGAUGACUCGUGGUGGCGUGACGGAGCUGCGAACAAGCGUGAUCACGUGAUGAGGCACGUGUUUCUUGCGGCCAGUAUCAUCUGUGGCGUCUCCGGUGUUGCGCUUCUUGUGGUUUUCACUUUGGUUUACUUCUUUAGGUAUCGCAAAGAAAAAACCAUCGAACUUACUUACCCUGCAACGAUUUAAAGUAGAAAAUUGGAUUUUGAUUUUUUUUAAAUAUGAUUUUUACCUUACUUGUAUAUUACACGAAUUGUUUUUAUUUUUAUUUUUAAAAAUAUGAAGAGCGCUUUGCUUUAUUCUGAAGAGUUUUAUGUUUUGUUGCACACCCACAUAUUCUCCAUUUUUUUAAAAAAGAUAUAUUUCUAAUUAUUGUUGUAGAAAAUAAAUAAAAUUAUAAUAUUGUGUGGUUAUUAUUAGCCA